AUGGGGUCCACGGUUGAUAUCGGUAGACGCAUUGUGCAAUUGUUCUGGGACCCUGAACCGACUAAUGAUAUUAUCCGAGACCGACCGGUUUGGUGUCUUGGAUCCGCUUACAGGCUCAACAACAGUAACAAUAACAAUAGCAACAGCAACAACGGCGCUAGUAGCACGAGUAGCAAUAGUAUCGGUCCGAAGCAAGACGCACCUACGGCUUCUGAACCACCAGCCAAGGAUGCUAUCCAAGCUCCUUCUAGACUCCCCGAAACCCCUCCCGAUUCUACCUCUAGCAGUUUAGACUCAUCCCUCGCCUACGACGAAGCGCCUCUAGAUGGAGGUUGGCCUCCCGCGUUUCUCGACGAUUUCGAAUCCAGAAUAUGGAUGACUUAUAGGUCCGAGUUCGACCCCAUAGCCAAGUCGCAAGACCCCAAGGCUUUCUCCGCCCUAUCUUUCUCGAUGCGCCUCAAGAGUCAGUUAGGCGACCAGACCGGGUUCGCCUCCGAUAGUGGAUGGGGGUGUAUGAUCAGAUCCGGCCAGAGCCUGUUGGCGAACGCUAUACUAGUACAUCGUCUUGGUCGAGGAUGGCGAAGGAGUACGUCGAGUCGGGAAGAGAAUAAGAUCCUAUCCUUGUUUGCCGAUGACCCACGAGCACCGUACUCGAUACAUAAUUUCGUACGUCAUGGCGCCUCCGCGUGUGGAAAAUAUCCUGGUGAAUGGUUUGGUCCUUCAGCGACCGCGAGGUGUAUCCAGGCCUUGACAAAUACCACUGAACCGGCGUUACGCGUCUAUUCUACGGGAGAUGGGCCGGAUGUCUACGAGGACAACUUCAUGAAGAUCGCUAAGCCUGAUGGCACAACUUUUCAUCCGACAGUGAUAUUAGUGGGUACACGUCUGGGUAUUGACAAGAUCACACCUGUAUAUUGGGAAGCUCUUACAGCGUCCUUACAGAUGCCGCAGUCAAUUGGUAUUGCUGGUGGACGUCCGUCCUCAUCACAUUAUUUCAUCGGCGUCCAGGGCCUCCACUUCUUCUAUCUGGAUCCGCACUUCACACGACCAGCCUUACCCUAUCAUGAAGACCCCGACGAGUAUAUACAGGAAGAAAUUGACACCUGCCACACGAGAAAGCUACGACGACUACAUGUCAAGGAAAUGGAUCCAAGCAUGCUCAUCGGCUUUCUAAUCCGUGACGAAGAAGACUGGAAGGACUGGCGGAGAAGCGUCAAACACGUCCAGGGCAAAGCCAUCAUUCACGUGUCGGACCACGACCCGAUCGCGCAGAUGGAGGCAACUGGGGGUACUAUAAUGGAUGAUGUUAAAACUCUGAGCGAUGAAGAUGAGGACGACGACACGGCGCUGGUGGAAUAA